AUGAUUUCAGAAGGCGGUUCGUUUAUGCGGGGAAUGCUGAUAGGAGUUGCAUUCUGCAUAGUGAUUACUCUUCUAGGACACAUUAAAUUGAGCCACGAGCCCACUACCUCUCAUGAACACCAUCACAUUCAUGCCCCUAAUAAAGAGGAGGUUCUCAAACUGAUGGGGACAGAGAAGAUGGAACUUAGCGAAAGCAUCCAAGUGUACUGUAUUAUCCUUGUCAGACCAAAAGACUUGAGCCUCUGGGCAGCUGCGAGAACCACCUGGAGUAAGCACUGUGACAAGGCUGACUUCUACAGCUCUGAGCACAUGAAGGUGUUUGACUCCAUUGUUCUUGACAGUAACGACAUGUGGGUUAUGAUGAGAAAAGCUAUCCAAAUGGCAUACAAAAACCACAAAGACAAGUACAACUGGUUUUUCAUCAGUCAGCCGUCCACCUUUGCCAUUAUUGAAAACCUGAAAUACUUUCUUCUGAAGAAAGACCCAUCAGAGCCAUUCUAUAUUGGUCACACUGUGAAAGAUGGAGAUUUGGAUUACGUGAAUAUUGCAGGUGGCAUAGUACUCAGCCUUGAGUGUGUAAAUCGUUUUGUGGACUUGAUGAAUAAGCCAGACAAGUGUCCAGAAACAGGCAGCAUCAUAUGGAAGGUCUCCGAAGACAAGCAGUUAGCAAUGUGCCUCAAGCACAAGGGUGUGCUCGCAGAAAAUGCCGAAGAUUCUGAAGGUAAAAAUGUCUUCAACACAAAAUCAGUGGGUACCCUAAUUAAAGAAGCAAUGGCAAAUGACCCACAAAAGGUGGUUGAGGGUUGCUGUUCAGACAUGGCAAUCACCUUCAGUGGACUAUCUCCUAACAACAUGCAAGUCAUGAUGUAUGGUGUUUACAGAUUAAGAGCAUACGGACACAGCUUUAAUGAUGCAUUGGUAUUUUUACCACCACCAAAUUCCGAUAAUGAUUGA